AAAAAAAAAAAAAACUACAAAUAUUUAUCAAUUAAUUUUAAAUAAUAAUAAUUACUAUGAAAACUGAUAAUCAAUCAAAUAUUCCAAGACCUUUAAAUUGUUUCUUAUUGUAUCGUCUUGAAAAACAAAAAGAAAUUGUAGCUAAAUGCUUUGGUGCUAAUCAUCGUGAUAUCUCUAAAAUUAUUGCAAAAUGGUGGAAAGAAGCCUCUGAUGAAGAAAAAAAAUAUUAUCGCGAAAAGUCUCGUAUUGCCAAGUUAGAACAUAGUAAAAUAUAUCCAAAUUAUAAAUAUGCUCCAAAGAAGAAGACUACACCAAAGCGUGUUUAUAUUCGAAAAAGUAAAAAGAAUCAAUUUACUUCUCGUAUUGAAGAAAAUAAUAAGUUAAUGGAGAUGAUUUACAAAAAUCCUUCAGCUCUUGAAACAAUUACUGAAGAAACCACGCUUUCUACCUUCAAGAAGUCUUCCACAAAUGAGGCUACAAGAAAGACUUCUAAAUAUGCACAUAUGAAAAAGACAGUAAAGCAAACUACAUCUGAAAAUGACUUGAUUAUGAACUACUCUAAUCCUAUUGCAAAUCAAUUAUCUCCUGGAUUAUCUUACACUUCUUCUGUAUCUCCUCAAGUUGGCUCAUUCUUUGACUAUGACAUCUCUAGCCCCUAUACAGUAUCUACUCAAUUGGACACUACUAUGAACACCUAUCCAAUCUCAUAUAACUAUACAAACAAUACACCUUUUAUGAAUAGUUAUAAUGCUUAUGAUAACUUAAUCUAUGACUCUAAAGAUUACUUUAAUUUCAACUCUAUUACUACUAAUACCAAUACUAAUACUACCAUUAAUAAUGAAUCUAUGGUUAAAAAUACACAAAAUUUGGGCUAUAUCAGACCAUUUGAACCUCUGUUUGACUUCCCUCAACAACAGCUUAAUGAUGAUCUUUUAAUGAUGCAGAUCAAUGCUUCUAUCAACUAUAUCGAUCCUACUCUUCUUCAUAUGUAAAGCUUAUAUACUCGAAAGGGGAAAAAAAAAAAUUUUUUUUUAUACUUUUUAAUUUAAUUAUUUAUGCUACAAAAUGGCCGUUUUAUUUUUAUAUACCAUUUCUUUUCUACACAUUAAUACUUUUUAUAUACCUUUCUUAUGAACUUUACUUAUGUUCGUAUUAUAUACUUCUUUGACUACCUUCCCACUCCACCCGCUCACACCCAUUUUUUAAUAUCAUGAAACUAUGACAGGUUCAAGUUUUUCUUUUCUCUUUUUCUUUUUAAACCAAAUAGAUU